AUGAAGCUGUUUGACCUGCUGUACCCUGAGAAAGAGCAGAGUCUGCGCAAGAGUCUGCCCAUGACCGACUAUAAGAUCGCUCUGCUGUGUAAAGCAUACUCCACAAAAUCCGAGUGCUUCACGCUGCCCAUGGGUGUGCUGGUGGAGACCAUCUACGGUAACAACAGCAUGCGCAUCACUCUGCCCGGCACUAAUUGCAUGGUGUCCGGCUCUGUCAUGCCUUUACCCAUGAACCUGCUGGACUUCCUCACUGUCCACGCUAAGAUGAGCACCCGGCAGAGUCUGCGCAAGAGUCUGCCCAUGACCGACUAUAAGAUCGCUCUGCUGUGUAAAGCAUACUCCACAAAAUCCGAGUGCUUCACGCUGCCCAUGGGUGUGCUGGUGGAGACCAUCUACGGUAACAACAGCAUGCGCAUCACUCUGCCCGGCACUAAUUGCAUGGUGUCCGGCUCUGUCAUGCCUUUACCCAUGAACCUGCUGGACUUCCUCACUGUCCACGCUAAGAUGAGCUUGAUCCACAGCAUUGCAACCCGUGUCAUUAAACUGGCCCACGCCAAGUCUCGUCUUGCCCUGGCCCCAGCCUUGGUGGAGACAUACAGCCAGAGCCGACUGCUGGUCUACAUGGAGAUCGAGUCCCUCAGCAUUAAGGGCUUUAUCAGUCAGCUUCUGCCGAACGUGUUCAAGUCACACGCGUGGGGGAUUCUGCACACGCUGCUGGAGAUGUUCAGUUACCGCAUGCACCACAUUCAGCCUCAUUACCGCGUGCAGCUCCUGUCACACCUUCACUCGCUCGCUGCUGUUCCACAGACCAAUCAGAACCAGCUGCACCUCUGUGUUCAGAGUACCGCUCUGAGGUUGAUCAUGGCUCUGGGGAGUUCAGAGGUUCAGCCGCAGUUCACACGUUUCCUCAAUGACCCUAAAACUGUGCUGUCUGCCGAGUCAGAAGAGCUGAACCGAGCGCUGAUCCUCACGCUGGCUCGAGCCACACACGUCACAGAUUUCUUCACUGGCUCGGACUCCAUUCAGGGCACCUGGUGUAAGGACAUCCUGCAGACCAUCAUAAACUUCACACCUCAUAACUGGGCCUCUCACACGCUCAGCUGUUUCCCUGCUCCGCUGCAGGCGUUGUUCAAGCAGAAUAACGUUCCACAGGAGAGCCGUUUUAACCUGAAGAAGAACGUGGAGGAGGAGUACAGGAAGUGGAAGUCUAUGACCGUUGAGAACGACAUCAUCACACACUUCUCCAUGCAGGGCUCGCCUCCCCUCUUCCUGUGUCUGCUGUGGAAGAUGCUGCUGGAGACGGACCACAUCAACCAGAUCGGCUUCCGGUGCGCCACUCACAUUCUCUCCACCUGUUUCAGUACACCUCACAAGAUUUGUGAUUUUUAA